AAAAAAAUGAAGUUCAUGACGUUCAACCUUCGACUGGAUAUGGGUGGCAGUGAACCGUUUGCUUCUGCACCACAACUGCCAUCCAAAUUUGAAGGCGAGUUGCCGUGGUCUGUACGCAAGUGGAAAGUUGGCGACACGGUAUUGAUGUGGGAACCGGAUAUCGAACCGUUUAAUCAACAAGUGAUGGAUUUGGACUCCAUACUCGGUGACGAAUAUGCAUGGGUAGGUGCUGGUCGUGUUGACGGACAGAAAGAAGGCGAAUUCUGUCCUGUCUUUUAUAAAAAGGACAAACUCAAGGUGGAAGACUGGCAUCUCAUAUGGCUCUCGGAGGAACCCGACAAACCAGGCACCCAAGGCUGGGACGCCAAGCACCCGCGGAUUGCCACGGUGGUGACGUUUAGUCGCUUGUCGGAUGGAUCCCGCUUCCAUGUUUACAACGCCCAUUUUGACCAUGAAGGACCAGAGUCGCGCAAGGGUGCUGCUCAAGUCAUCCUCAACCAUGCAGUCCAGAAAAACGAGCUAUUAAUCUUGAUGGGAGACCUGAACUCGACCGAAGCGGAUGGCGGAUACGUGACGCUGACGGGUGGUCAGGCAAAACAAGAUAACUCCACGUGGAAAAACAUUGAUCAACUCAACCAAAAGACACAGCUCAAAGUGGCUACGCAUACAGGAAAGCCUGUACGCACAACGGAAGGAAUGACGUUACCGACGCAUCGCGUAGUACGACCUGGCCAAAUCAUGCAGAACAUACAGAAUCAAAAACAAGAGGAAAACUUGUUUGUGGAUACCCGGUAUGCGCUCGCAACGACUUUAACACAUCAAAUGCCAAGUGGAUCAACCUUGAGCGGGCCCUAUGGCGAUACCGAUACAUUUACUAGCUUUGGCGAACCUGAAAUCGUUGCACCGCUCCGGAUCGAUUAUAUCAUGAUGAUGCAUCAUCACCAAAAUAACGCAACCGUGCGUCGCUUUGGUGUGCUUCCCAACAUGUUUGAUGACCGUUUGUAUAUCAGUGACCAUCGUCCUGUCGUAGCAGUUAUCGAUUGGUAG